AUGGUAUUGAAUGGCGAGCUGUCACCCAUAAAGAGCAUCCCGAUGUUAGUCCCACCGCCAUUGCCCCUUCCCUCUCAUCUUCCUCCUCAGCUUCCCGCCUCCAACGGCCGAAGCGCGCGGAAGCCCGCCCACGCAGAGCGCCACUCGCGCGCUGCGGGCCGGACCCCACCUCCUGCGCGGCCAUUGGCCGCCGCGUCUGACACGUCAUCGCCCUCUCCCGCCACCUCUGGCUUAAAGGCUCGAGCGCCGGGCGUCAGGCGACUGCUCCCGGGCAAGAUGGCGACGAUGGAGAAGAAAAUGGAACCAGAAAUUGAAGAAAUUGUGAAAAAAAUCAAGAUCUUAAUUGAAGAGAAACAAGUGAGUGAUGCAGAGCUGAAGAAGUUACAAGUACGCCAGUCUGCAAUGGAGAAGGAUCUAGAAGAGUUGAAUCACGAGAUCUUCAGCCUGGAGGCAACAUGCAACAAGAAGGAAGUGACUUUGAAGAGGCUACAGUUUCAGUAUGAACAAGGCCAAGCUCAGACUGACAGGCAGCUGAAAGGAAGCAGCGAGAGCAAGCAAAGGAUAGAGGCGCUGAUAUCCCAGAUCGAGGAUGAGAAGCUGCAGAGGAGGAUGGAGAGGAAGGCAUUUGAGCAGCAGCUAGAGGAACUAAUAAAGAAACGCAAAUGGACAGCAGAGUUUUAUAAGCCAGCCAGACUUCAACAAGAGAUAUGCAACAUUGAGAAUACUAAGCAACAGCUCCUCAUUGAAGAGCACGAGACAAAAGAGAAACUGAGUACCCUGGAUAAGGAGCUCAGCUCCCUCCAGCAGCAAGGCGCUACCAGUGACGAGAUGAUCUUCCUGCACAGCAAGGAGGCCAGGCUCACUCACCAACUGUUCGAAGAGGAAAACAAAGCAGCGAAGGCAGCUCUGCAGGAGAUGACCCAGCAACACUCGGAGAUUCAGCAGCCGCCAGAGCUAAGCAGACUCGAGGAGGAAUGGGAGCCCGGGAGGAAGAUCCCCGCCCUGGCUGGAAAGGACACCGCAGACACAGGCAAUGACGAAGAUGAUCUCCAACAGUCAACAAAGUGAUCGGUAGGUCCAAGAAAAUGACUGGUAGGUCUCAGGACAGCUGGAGAGAGCGAAGGCCCUAGUCAGAGACCUGCACUUGCAGAUAGAGCUUGUUGUCGUCUUUGGUAAUUUGCCAAGACUUACAGUAUUUAUUCAAUAAAUUAUUGCUGCUUAUCAAUUUCCGGUUGUGGUGUCACUCAGUCCCUGAGCCCCUUGAGCAGGAGAGCAGGUCUGAUUCUCUGAGCCCUAGUGUCAGCCGGGCACAGAUCGGUAGAGCACUAGGCCAUAGGGAAAGUGGUGGGGGUGCAGCCAGGACAAAAUGGACGAGGCUCCCCAUCUGAAUCUAUCCAGUGGGAGCUUCCCUGGGGAAUUGGGUCGGGACUUCAGAGGAACAAUUCUCUGACUUUUGAGAGUUUCAAAUACCAGGACAAGUUCCACAGAUGAGCACAGUGCUCCAAGGAAUUUCAGACGAAAAGCUUUCAAAGUACUCAGGGCAAAGAAGGAGGUGAAUCCUUCCAACUUAGGAUGGUGAAUGUCGGAUAUCCUCUGCCCUAAACGCUAGACCAUUGCAGUAGAUAAAUUGCAGGAGCUACAAGAGAACACAGAUGCUGAGAUGUGGAGCAACAAUCUAUCUUCUGCAGGAUCUCAGUGGGUUGAGUAACACCCAUGGGAGGGAACAAAUUGGCAACCUUUCAGAUCAGAACCCAGUGUUGACAAUUCCUUUCCCUUCUAUGGAUGCUGCUUGACCUGCUGAGUCCCUCCAACAGAGUGUUAAGUGAAUUUUCCAAUGAUUGGAGGAUUGCAGAUUGCUGUGAACUGGGGAAACGGGGGGGGGGGGGGGGGGGGUUGGGACCUGGUGUAGGUCAGCCUUGAUUGAACUCAAUAUGGGGAAGAAUCGAGGGGGCCUCCUCCUGGGUUCAGUCAUGACAUCUGGCAGUGUCUGUGUACAGAGUUUGCAUAUUCUCCCUUUAACUGCAUGAGUCGUACAGUGUGGAAACAGGUCCCAUCUGCCCGCAUUUGGUUCAUCACCCAUAGUUGGAGUCGCAAAAUUAAAGGCGAGAAAUUUGGAAGCCCCUUUUAUAUGCAGAGAGUUUGAACUCUCAGUACCUCAGUAACAGGUUGAUGGGGAUGUAGAAGGGGACCUACCAGGGGUAAGUUAGAUGAGACGUGUAGAAAGACACAUGUAGUGAGGAAGGAGAGGCAGUUGAUAGGACAAAAGUGCAGUCAGUGGGAUGGGUUGAAGUUUGAAUGCAAGAAUGAUCUGGAACAAGGGUGAUGAACUUAGACCAGGGACAGUACAAAAGUUGUGGCCAUUUGGCUGUCACAAGGGCAGGAAUAGCUACUGGCUGUUCCAGGGUAUUGAUGUGCCAAAAAGGACAGGAUGGUGGAGUUACAUUGUUAAGCAGGGACAGAAUCCCAGCUACAGGACACCACGGAGGGAUUGUCUACUGGGUUACUGUGGGUGGGAGUCAGAAACAGGAAGGGAGCAUUCUGUAGACCUCCCCCCCCACCCAAUAGCAACAGUCACUGUAGAAGUGGUUUUACCUGUAGUUCCAUUGGUCAGCACAUUUGAGUCUAUGUCUGCAGUUCCACAGUAGACUAGGUGAACAGCAUCAGAACAUACUGGCAAGGCUAACAAGGGAGUAAUAUCAUUGGAAAACCAACGCAGUGCAGACCCACGUUCCAGGCUCAGAGUGGGAAAGCAGUGCCUAAACUUCAGACUGCACCAACAGAGAAGGAGCCACUUUCAAGGUCUCUACAACUCAUGUUCUCAAUAUCAUUUAUUUAUUGAUAUUUGUUUUCCUUUUUGAAUUUGCACAGUUUGUUGACUUUUGGACAUUGAUUGUUUAUCUGUUUUUGUGUGCAGUUUUUCAUUGAUUCAGUUGUGUUUCUUUGUAUCUACUGUGAAUGCCCACAAGAAAAUGAAUCUCAAGGUAUUGUGUGGUGACACAUGUAAACUUUGAUAAUAUAAUUACUUUGAACUCUGAGCAUGUGUCAAAUAAAACUAAUCUUCUAUUUCUGACAAAACCUUGCCAAUGAAGGAUACCCAAGUGAACCUUGUCACCAUCUUGCUGCCGACCAUAGGAACGACACAUGGCACUUUAGUGCAUUCAGUUUCAUGCCUAAACUUUAGAGAUCAGAUAGGCUGGGCUCCUUCUCCCUGGUCGGGAGGAGGCUGAGGGGGUGACCUGAUAGAGGCAUAGAUAGUAGACAGAAUCUUUUCCCCAUGCUAGGGGUAUCAAGAAGCAAGACAGGACAUAGAUUUAAAACCGCAAAAACAUAAACAUCAUAGUUGACUUGUUACCUCUCUCAACUUCAUUCUCUUGCCUUCUUCCCAUAACUUUUGACACACUGACUAAUCAAGAAGUUUGAUAGGUUCUUGAUUAAUGAGGAGGUUAUGCCCUUUGAAGGGUAAUAAAGACUGCUUUAAACAUACCAGUGACUUGGUUUCUAAAGCUGUCUGUGGCAAUGAAUUCCAGAUUCACCACCCUCGGCUAAAGAAAUUCCCUUCAUCUCUGUACUAAAGGGACAUCCUUGUGUUCUGAGGCUGUGCUCUCUGGCUCUAGACUCCCUCAUAUAGGAAAAAGCCUCUCCGCAUCCACUCUCUCCAGACCUUUCAAUAUUUGGUAGAUGAGAGGUGUUCUGUGAUGUGCUGAAAUUGGAGAGUUCAAAGGUGGUUCACAAAACUGAUUCCAGGAUUAAAUUGCUUGUCGUGAAGAAUGUUUGAGGCUCAGGGCCAGUAUUCACUAGAAUUCAGAAGAAUGAGGGGUUACCUCAAUGAAACCUAUUGAAUAGUGAAAGGCCUUGAUAGAGUAGAUGUAGAGAGGAUGUUUCCCCUAGUGAGAGGGUCUAAGACCAGCCUGAGAAUAGAGGGGUAUCCUUUUAAAAUGGAGAUGAGAAGGAAUUUCUUUAUCCAGGUGGCUGUGGAGGACGUCUUUAUGUUUAUUUAAGUUGAUGUUGAAAUGGUGGAACAGACUCGAUGGACCAAGUGGCCUAAUGCUGCUCCUAAAUCUUAUGGUAAUUAAGUUGUGGAUAGCAUGAUUAUAGAUUAACUAAAAUGAGAACCAGUCUUCAGGAAAUUAAACCUGUGCACAAUCUAACUCCCAAAUUGUAUUUUGUGGCCGGUGAAACCAAUCAUGGUUGUGGGACAUUCUGAUUCUGUCCUGCUGAAGACAAUAGAUGAUGGAAUGGCAGAGCAGAUUUGAUGAGCUGAAUGGCCUAAAUGUUCCUGCUGUUAGCUACUUGUUAAGGGUGUAUCAAUGGCACUUAAAGCACAAUUCAGGUCUGUUUUUCCACUUAACCUUGUUAGUUGUUCAUAUAUUCAUGGAGCCAUCUCUCAACGCUGUAACAAAAGGGGUAUAUUUCAGAUGACGGCAUGGAGUUACUUCUCUACCAAAGGAUAUGUGAGGUGCUCCUUCCCUCCACUAUCCUGCAGGCCACCCUUGGGCAGGGUAUUACACCUGCUUAGUCUCUCCAAUUAGGGUCAUGUGAAGCCAUAGGAGUAGCUGGUGCAUAUCACAAGUCCUGGUUAUGUAACAACUGAUGCCAGGCAGCCAUUCUCUGAAGAGUAAUGGCUGGGGUCACUCGUCUUGUAAAGACACUGCCCAGAAGAAGGCAAUGGCAAACCAUUUCUGUAGAAAAAUUUGCCAAAAACAAUCAUGGUCAUAGAAAGACCAUGAUCGCUCACAUCAUAUGACUUGGCACCAAAUGAACAAUAUUUUGAGUGUCUGGCUUUUGAAUAAUCAAAUGUGCAAAGAAUAUUCACAUGCUAGUUGGUAUAUGCUACCAUUAUAAAUAUGUAUUUAUGUAAAUUUACCUGAGCAUAUUCCAAAUGUUAAAGGAGCUAUUUGUUAGCUUAGUGUUGAAGAGGCAUUAUGUCAGGAGAGUGAGAUUCCCUUGGAUUCUCCCUCUCGGAGGCUUGCUGUGUGAAUAGCUGUCCCAGUCACGGAUUGCAUGUGGCUCAGUUUCAGUCGAUUACAAGAGGGAGGCGGUUUAUAGGAGAUCUGAGGGAUAAGUUCUGUUGAUGUCUGGAAGGUGCUGCCAGAGGAGGUGGUGCGAUCAAUGAGAGAUUUGUUUACACUUAAAUAGACAGGAAUUAGAAGGAUACAGUCCCAAUGUGGGCAAGUGGACAAGUGGACAGUGAAGCUGGCACAUACGUAGUGGGUGCUGUACACAAGGUUGGCACCUGCCCAUGAAGAGAAUGGGGUAUGGAUUCAAAAAGGCAGAUGCAGAGAUCAGCAGCAAGAAAGUGGCAGGAUAUCUCAGGCCUAAACUGGACCAAGGGGCGGAUCACACCACAUAAACCCCAGCCACCCCCUCUUCUAAUUAGUGAGUCCAACUCCUGCUCUCACCGAGUGAAAAGCAGAUCUAAGGAAAUGAGCACUUCCUGCCCACCCUGUCUGAGCCCCUUUACAUGUCUACAGCCCCCUGAGUUAAACUAGUCCAAGGAAAACAAGCCAGUUCCACUGUAAUCCUCCGAGACCGGCUACUUCGGCAGUGAACAAGUGUUUUUAACAGUCACUGCUCCGAUCCCAGAGAGCUGCGCCCUGCAGCAGAGCCACCUCUGCCUCCCCAACAGAGGAGACAUUGUUGGCAGAGAGUACAAGACAUCUCGGUAGUCUCAAUAAGACUACAGCGGAGGAGUACUGUGGCCAGCUCUAGUCUUCCUGCCCAAGGACGGACAGGCCUUCAACAGAAAAUCUAUCCCCCCCCCCACCACACACACACAGCUCCCACAGGUGAGGAGAGGUUGAGUAAAUCGGGGCAUGAUAAUAAAUGUACUGAGGGGGAGAGGAGUGAGAAGGACACUCCAGGUUCCAGGAUGAGACUUGGCAGAGGUGUACAAGAAUCUAAUUGAGGACGACAAAAUGAUUCGAGUGGACAGGCAGACUUCUCCCAGGGCAGAAAUACAAAGGGGCCUAAUUUAAGGUGACUGGUGGGGGAUGAUAUCAGAAAUAGUUUUUUUCUAAACAAGUGGUGAGAUGCACUGCCACACGUGAUGGUAGAGACAGAUACAUUAGAAAUGUUUAAGAGAUUCAA